UCCUCCGCCGUCCGCGUCUUUUGUUGUGGUUGCUGCCGAUGGUUUGGCCCACAAAGCCAGUCAUUGCUGUUACGGUGCCAUAGCAACCAGGAAAUACUCACCACCGUCAGUGGAGUAGUAUGUGUGUGUGUGCUUUAGGGGGAUAGAGAGAGCAGAACGUGGAGAGUGGGAGUACAGACAGACCACAACAACAGAAGGGACUGAUUUUCACCUUUGCCUUCAAUUCUGCGAUUUCCCCGCUUUGUCUUCCACCAGGCUCGUGAGUGACUGAGCAUUGCCUGUGCGGGUAACAGAUCAUGUAAUAUGUGUUGGCAUGAAUGUGCAGUUGUUGAACAAGUGUGAUCCAAAGAAUGUGAAUGUAUCUGGUGUAUGAAGAUAUCCAGAAAAUGCAACUUUUAGUGAGUGGUGUUUUCUGUGCGUGGAGAGAACUGUGAUGCGUAUGGACUCAAACAGCCUUUUUAAAAUAUACAUCUGUGCACUGUGACAGUAACAGCUGGCUCUGAGAUGGCUGCCAGCACUGCAGCCACGACUAUCCUGCCUCCAGUGAAGAGCGUGGUGGUGUAUAGGAAUGGAGACCCCUUCUACAGUGGACGGAGGUUCGUGGUUAACCAGCGACAGGUGGUCACCAUGGAGGCCUUUUUGACUGAAGUAACCCAGAGCAUUGGUGCUCCACUUGCUAUCAGGACCCUGUACACCCCCAGACAGGGCCACAGGGUCGCAGACCUCGAGGACCUGCAGACAGGAGCCCAGUAUGUCGCUGCUGGCUUCGAAAGGUUCAAGAAACUGGAUUACCUUAACACAGGGACGAAAAAGCAUCCUCCUGCCCGUGAAGAAACCCAGGCCAAAGUGACCCAGAAGCCCAAUGUAUCUGCAAAAUGGAAGAAGUUUAUACCUGUACCUUGCAUUUUACACGUCUUCCGUAAUGGAGAUCUCCUGUGCCCCCCAUUCCGAUUCAUCAUUCCAAGGAGCAUGCGUCAGGACCUGGAGCAGAUCCUGAGUCUGGUCACUGAGAAGGUCGGUUUACGAACUGGAGCUGUGCGCAGGUUGUGCUCUCUGGAAGGAGUGACUGUGUCCUCAGCUGCUGAGCUGCAGACUGGACACUGCUAUGUUGCUGUGGGGACCGAGAGGUUCAAGAAGCUGCCAUAUGUGGAGCUGUUGGGUUCAAAAGCUACAGAGAGAUAUUACCCAGGAAAGAGAAGGCUGAACAGGAAAGCGGGAAGUGGUCCGGAAGACCAGUGCAGUGACUCAGCUCUCCUUGACUACCCUGAGUCCGAUGGUCGGCGGGUGAAGUCGACCGGGGAUGAGUGUGCAGCUCCAGCAGCCACACAGCAGAGGAGCAGGAGAGAGGGAGCAGACGAGACCUCCGCUUUCUUCGCCAGGCCGGUCAAGAUCCGCAACAACAACAGACGACAGCCAAGACCACCGCUAAGCAAUGGAUCCGUCCAACCUAGCGUGUUUAAAAGAGCAGCACAGAGGAGGAGAGAAGAAGCACGAGGGGCCGAGGAGGUGCACGAGGAUGAAAACACAGCUACCGAGUUUCCUGUUGACCAGAAAGUUGCAGAGAUAGUGGAGGAUGAAGAAAUAAACAACCUAAACAAUCCUUUGCACAACACACAGCAGAGACAUGCACAAUUUAUCCAGAGCGAGCAGCACAACGAGGGAGGACACCUACGCAAAUACAACGGAAAGCAGACACCUCCAUCUGAGCAAGACGGUGUGAAAAAAACAGAAAAUUCUGCCAAGACUGAGGAGUCUUCUGCUGACAUGCUGGAGCAUGAGCUGAAUCAGACGUCUUCAAAGUCAAGGCCUUCGUCAUCCACCUCUCAGGGAAAGGACGGGGAAGAAAAGGCGAGUUUACCCACCUCAUAUCCCAAAACGGUGCAUGAUGGUUUUUAUUUGCAUCACUAUAACCAGACCAAAUAAAAAUAUGUGCUUUGAUCAAUUGCUCUUUUAAACCAGCAUAUUAAUUUGCUCUAAUAGGAGACACAGGACGCCCCUUCGAUUGCAGUAGAACAGAACGGUCGCCAGGAGGAGGGCACGUCAUCAUAGCUUUCUCAAAGCAGCCAUGGGCACGGCAGCUUCACCCAGCGGUUUACUGCUUCUACAAUGACUCAUGUGUCUAACUGAAUGUUUGAUUACAUUAGUAAUGCUUUAGCUGUGGCAAUGAGCCAAGUAACAACAUCAAUAUGUGUUGGAAGAGUCAAAAAUGUAAAUAGGCUCAGACAAAAUGAAAAUAAACACUACAGAAGAUGGGCACACUAUCAUAAAUUCUAGCCCA